GAAGUGCUUUCAUAACUUACUAGCGGCUACGUAGUUUGUGUUUGACAGCAUCCCGGGUUCAAACAGAGAGUUUUUCCUGCUAAACGUGGACCGAAAUCUUGAUUAAAAUGUCCGGAGGGGCCCGUUUGGAGAACGCCAACCCGGUGAUCUUCCAGCGGUCUGGGGAGAGGCUGCUCACCGCCUCGGAGGAGGACGAAGAUGUUCACGAUCCCAUCGACGACAGAGAAAUAUUCGAUCUGAUCAGAUCCAUCAAUGACCCGGAGCAUCCCCUGUCUCUGGAGGAGCUCAACGUCGUGGAACAAAUACGAGUCAAGGUCGAUGAUGCAGGAAACACUGUAGGUGUUGAGUUCACUCCCACCAUCCCUCACUGCAGCAUGGCCACGCUCAUCGGUCUGUCAAUCAAAGUCAAGCUGCUGCGCUCACUGCCGGACCGAUUCAAAAUCGAUGUUCAUAUCACUCCUGGAACUCACGCCUCAGAGGAAGCAGUGAAUAAACAGCUGGCAGACAAAGAGCGAGUUGCAGCAGCUCUGGAGAACUCGUCCCUGCUGGAGGUGGUGAACCAGUGUUUGUCCACCAGAACCAUCUGACCUCAGCUCUGCCGUCUCCUGCUUUCAGCUGCUGGUUUCUGCUGCAGAACUCUCAACAAUGACACGUUUGACUCUUUCUUUGACAGCUGAAAUGUGUCUGAAGCUUCCUGUCCAGCCAUGAAUGGUUGCAACUGGUGGACAGUGAUGUAGCAAAGAAACAGAUGGGAGAGUCCAGAUAUUUCCAGUGUUUUCUGACAAAUUUACAGGAAAACCCAGUGUUUAACAAAAGAGAAUAAUACAAGCUUUAUGUGAAGCCUUCAGGCAGAAAAAUGUCAACAAUUCAGAGAAAUUAUUCUUCCGUUUAUACACUUCAGCGAUGUGAGGAAGUGAGAAAAUUGCCUCAGUUAGUGCUUAUUUAAUUAAUAUGAUGAAAUUUGCAUUGUUAGAUAUGAAGUAAAUUUUUAAGAGAAGAAUAUUUGGAGAGUCUGCCACGAGAAUUGCAACUUGUACAGUCAUUUACGAAAGUAUUGGCACCCCUGGAAUUUCUCCAGAAAAUACACCAAUUCUCCCAGAAAUGUUUGCAAUUACAAAUGUUUUUGGGAUACACAUGUUUAUUUCCUUGAUGUGCAUUGGAAAAACACAAAAAAGCAGAAGAAAAAAGCCAAAAUUGACAUCAUUUUCCACAAAACUCAAAAAAUGGGCAGGACAAAAUUAUUGGCACCCUUUUAAACCUGUUGGUAAAUCAUUUUAUUUCAAGCAUGUGAUGCUCGUUUAAACUCACCUGUGGCUAGUAACAGGUGCUGGCAAUCUAGAAAUCACACCUGAAGCCAGUUAGAACUAUAAAAGUUGACUCAGCCUUUGUGUUGUGUGUUUAUGUGUGUCACACCAAGCAUGGAGAAGAGCAAGAAGAGCCCAGAAGUGUCUGAGAACUUAAGAAGCAAAAUUGUGGAAAAAUAUGAACAAUCUCAAGGUUACAAGAUCAUCUCCAGAGAUCUUGAAGUUCCUUUGUCCACUGUGUGUAAUAUAAUCAAGAAGUUUAUAACCCAUGGAACUGUGGCUGAUCUCCCUGGAUGGGGAUGAAGAGAAAAACUGAUGAAAGAAUGCAACGCAGGAUAGUCUGAAUGGUGGAUAAACAUCCUCAGUCAGCUUCCACACAGAUCCAGUCUGUCCUGCAGACUCAGGGUGCAAAAGUGUCAGCUGGGACCAUACGUUGUCAUCUGAAUGAGAAGAAGCGCUAUGGCAGGAGACUGAGAAGAACCUCACUGCUGACAAAGAGACAUAGAAAAGCCAGACUGGAGUUUGCAAAAACGUACCUGAGUAAGGUUCAAUCCUUCUGGGAGAACGUUUUGUGGACAGAUAAAGGUAAAGCUUUUUGGAAAAGCAUGUCAUUCUACUGUUUACAGAAAAUGGAAUGAGGCCUACAAAGAAAAGAACACAGUACCUACAGUCAAACAUGGUGGAGGUUCAUAGAUGUUUUGGGAUUGUUUUGCUGCCUCUGGGUGCCAGGAAUCAUGAAAUCUGGAGACUAUCCAGAUAGUUUGGGCAGCAAUUUAGGGCCUAGUGUCAGAAAGCUGAGUCUGCGUCAGAGAUCAUGGAUGUUCCUGCAGGACAAUGACCCCAAACAUACCUCAGAUAGCACCAAGAAAUGAUUGGAGACAAAGUGCUGGAGAGUUCUGAAGAGGACAGCAAUGAGUCCAGAUCUAAAUCCCAUUGAACACCUAUGGAGAGAUCUUAAAAUUGCUGUUGCAAGAAAGCACCCUUCAAAUCUGAGAGACCUGGAGCAGUUUGCCAAAGAAGAGUGGUCCAGAAUUCCAUUUGAGAGGUGUAAGAAGCUUGUUGAUGGAUAUAGGAAGCGACUGGUUUCAGUUAUUUCUUCCAAAGGGUGUGCAACCACAUAUUGAGAUGAGGUUGCCGACAAUUUUGUCAGGCCCAUUUUUUGAGUUCUGUGUAAAAUGAUGUCAAUUUUGGCUUUUUUCGUCUGUGUUUUUGUGUUUUUCCAAUGCACAUCAAGGAAAUAACCACAUGUAUACCAAAAACAUUUGUAACUGCAACAAUUUAUGAGAGAAAUGGUCUAUUUUCUGGAAAAAUUCCAUUGGUGGCAACACUUUCGUCCAUGACUAUAUGUGAUAUUAAUGCUGAAGUUUUAUUAAAAAUGUACAGAUAAGUAAUGAAAGUGAUGUGAUUUUUUUUUUUUUUUUUUUUAUUUAAAGAAAUACUAAAAUAAAAACUAUAAAGACAGAAAAACUGAGCAGUUUGGACAGUGACUGACUAAAACCAUCAGUUCAUUUGUCUGCUGGAGGCAGACAUAAAUUAAAAAUCUGAUGCAUUAUUGGAAUAAUUUGUUCUUACCCUGUAUUAGUGCACCUGUAAAUCCCAAUGCAAUGAAUCCAGCAACUGUAAAACUUGUAAUAUUCAGGUUUUGUUGAUACUCAGCUUCGUUUCUUUUAAUAUUACUUUGAGUUGGUAAUGGUUUUAGAGUGUUUUUUUUCCCCUCAUUCAAUAUUCUAAAAACUGUCAUUUUCAUGUGGGUCAUUCCACCUCAGUUCACCAUUUAAAAAAAAUAAAGAAUUCAUGCCUGACCAUCA